UAUUUCCGAUGAAAUUCCGAGGCGAGCCCUAGUUUGGAGUCCAGUCCACCACCACUACAGCUACUGCUAGCACCGCUGUUUCUUUUUCUUCUUCUACUUCUACGUCAACCUCAGGAGAGGUAAAGAAGCUUCUUUUUCCUUGCAAAUUCCAAGGAUAGUAACAUUUUAGAAUCCUAUAUAGUAUUUUUAUAGGUAUAUUUCCUUCACUCUUGCUUCUCUUCCCCGUUAUACUGAAAUCUCAUUCUUCAUUCAAAGUGAUCAUGAAAGCACUAUUAAAUCCGCGCCACAAGUUUUAUACUUCCUCUACCACCUACGCUGUCACUGCCUACUUCCAGCUCUUCUCUUCCACGGUAACUCUCACUUCACACACUGACAUAGAUACCCGAUUGAGGUCCCUUUGUGAAAAACCCAAUUCUCAAUUCUCCGAGGCUGUUUCCCUCUUUCAUCAUGCCGUGGAUUCUUGCCUCUUGCCUUCUGGGUCAACCUGCAAUUUUCUCGUUGAUACGCUUGCAAGGUCGAAAAAUUUUGAAUUGGUCUUUUCUGUUUAUAAGAAGAUGACCCAUGUUGGUGUUUCACCGAGUUUUCUAUCAUUGAGUGGUUUAAUUGAUUGUUUUGUGAGUAGGCAUAAGCCCGAAUUUGCACUUGGGGUUGUAGGGUUGAUUGUGAAGGGUGGUUAUAGGGUUAAUGUGUAUGUUAUGAACCUUAUAUUAAGGGGUUUGUGUCUAAAUGGUGAGGUUGGGAAGGCAAUGGUCAUGUUCCGAGAAAUGGGAAGAAAUUGUGUACUGCCGGAUAUUUUUAGUUACAAUGUUCUUAUAAAUGGGCUUUGCAAGGCGAAGAAAUUGGAAGAAGCAGUAAGUAUGUUUUUUGAGAUGGGGUCAGCAGAUUGUCACCCGAAUUUGGCGACAUACACCAUCUUGGUGGAUGGUCUUUGUAAGGAUGGUAGAGUUGAUGAGGCAGUGGGUUUGUGGGAGGAGAUGAAGGAGAAAGGUUUGGAUACAGAUGUUAUUGUGUACAGUGCCCUUAUAAGUGGCCUUUGUUACAAUGGAAGUUUUGAUAGAGGGAAAGAAGUUUUUGAGGAAAUGCUGACGAAGGGAAUUCUCCCGAGUGUAGUCACCUAUAGUCCUUUGAUACAUAAUCUGUGUAAGAUGGGGCGAUGGGAGGAAACCACCGCAAUGCUAAAUGAUAUGACAGAGCGUGGAAUUCACCCUGAUGUUGUUACUUAUACAGGGUUAAUUGAUGGGCUUUGCAAAAAUGGGAGGGCUACUAAAGCCAUGGAUAUCUUGGAUAUCAUGCAGAAGAAGGGUGUAGAGCCCAGUACUGCAACCUAUAAUGUUAUUAUUAAUGGACUAUGCAAGGAAGGCCCAGUCAGUGGGGCUUUCAAAAUAUUGGAAAUGAUGACUAAGGCAGGGAAAAAGCCUGAUGCGGUUACUUACAAUACAAUGAUGACAGGACUUUGCAAUGAUGGAAAGGUUGAUGAGGCAAUGGAACUCUUAAAGUUAAUGUUAAUUGGCGAGAGCUUUGUUGAACCAGAUGUUAGGACAUUUAAUUUGUUAAUUCAAGGAUUCUACAAGGAAGGCCGCCUUGAUGAAGCUGUGGCAAUAUAUCAUACAAUGCUUGAACGGGGGAUAUCUGGUAACAUGGUAACUUAUAACAUUUUGAUUGGUGGGUAUCUACAGGCAGGAAUGGUAGGCAAAGCCAUGGAAAUCUGGAAAGAUGUGCUAAACUUGGGGUUUUUUCCAAACUCAUUUACCUAUAGUAUUAUGAUUAAUGGAUUCUGCAAAAUGCAUAUGCUUAGUGUUGCUAAAGGACUUUUCAGUAAAAUGAAAACUUGUGGACUUAGACCUAUGCCGAUUGCCUACAAUACGUUGAUGGCAUCAUUGUGUAAGGAGGGUAGUUUGGAGCAAGCUAAAGGGCUUUUUCAGGAAAUGAGAAAUGUAACUCAUGGACCAGAUGUGGUAUCAUUUAAUACUAUAAUUGAUGCAACUCUCAAAGCUGGAGAUUUUCUAUCUGCCAAGGAACUGUUAAUGGACAUGCAUGAAAUGGGUUUAGCUCCUGAUCAUUUGACCUUCGUCACGUUAAUAAAUAGAUUUUCAAAACUUGGUCAACUGGAUGAAGCUAAAAGUGUUUUAGAGAGAAUGAUAGCUAAUGGUUUAACACCAGACACCUUUGUGUAUGAUUCUUUACUGAAGGGCUUUGCUUCAAAGGGUGAAACCAAAGAAAUCAUUGACCUGCUUUAUCAAAUGGCAGAUAAGGGUGUAGUACUUGACUCAGAAAUAAUAUCUACCAUCUUGACAUGCCUAUGCAAUCUCUCCGAAGAUCUUGAUGUUAUGGAUAUUCUGCCAAAAUUUUCCCAAGAAACAUCAAAAGGAGCGAGCAUUUCAUGUGAUGAAUUUUUAUCAAAACUGAAUAAGUCUUACCCGGAACUUAAAUUAUGUGCUGCGUGAUAUUCUCCAUCUCAAGAGGCUUGCUGAUGCCAUGCUAGAUCUCCCACAGUGCUCACUUAAGUCAGUCUUCAUGUAACCAUCAUAGGCACUGCCCUAGCAGUUAAACCCGCUCCCAAGUGGUUUGGUGAAAAAGAGGUCGUGGAUCUGAUUCUUAUCAGCAGUGGUUAGGGGUCUCAGGUUUCAUGCUCAUUAAUCCAUGCGGACUGACUUGUUUACCAAUAUGCCUUCUGUGGAGUUGGGUUAGACUAUGGCUUGAUCCUGCAUGGAGUAAUUGCCUCCCCGCAUGGAAUUGUCUAGCCACUCAUCUUCAGUGCGCCAGUCCUUGGUGACACCUAGGGUCUUGGAGCUCUUGGAAAGUUUCAGUUUAACAUAGUGAGACCAAUGGUUUUGGACAGACAAAAAUAUUUUGCUCUUCAUACCGAGUAUUGAGCCUCAGAAGGUUCCGGCUGAGGUUUAGCACUUCAGUUCAUUGUAUCAAAAGA